AUGGCAAGAAGUAUGAUAGUGAAGUUUGACAAAUAUUGGAGUUUGAUUAAUGGGGUGAUGGCAAUAGGGGCUGUUUUGGAUCCUAGAUAUAAAAUAACUUUGUUGAAUUACUUCUUCCCACUUAUGUAUGGGAAUAAUGCUCCCAAAGAAUUGGAAAAGAUAAUACAAAUGUGUGAAGAUUUAGUUGAAGAAUAUCAACCAAAUAAUGAUAUGGUUCCUACAAGUAGUGAAGUUGGUGCAUCAACAUUGGUAGAUGACAUUGAUGUCACAAGUCAAGAUUGGGAGAAGGCUUAUUCGGAAUAUGUGAUGGAAAAUACUUCAACUACAAAUGUCAAGUCAGAAUUUACUUCCUACUUGGAAGAUGGUGUCUUGCUUGAUAAACAAAAAAAGGAAAAUUUUGACAUCUUAGGAUGGUGGAAACAAAAUGGUUUGAAAUUUCCAACUUUGCAAAAGAUUGCAAGGGACUUUUUAGCAAUUCCUAUCUCUACCGUUGCUUCAGAGUCCGCCUUUAGUACUAGUGGUCGUGUUUUAAGUCAACAACGUAGUAGGUUGAAGGAAGACACUUUAGAGGCUUUGAUGUGCACUCAAGAUUGGAUCCGAAAAGAUAUAAAAGGUUAUUCAAAAACGUUGACUCAAUUCGAAUGUGUGGAUGAAGAUAUGGAUGAUGAUGAUGAUGAUGAUAAUAAGGAAAAAGAAAGUCAUAUCUAA